AUGCAAGGCUGUAAAUCUUUUUCAACACUCGCAAAUGCUAAUGAGAAGUUGUAUAUGGAUGAUGGGAUCCUAAAGGCAAAUGAGAAGCUCUUCAGAAGUUUGGUUAGAGGAUUGAUGUACCUGACGCACACUCAACUAGAUAUCAUGUUUCUUGUCAGUUUAGUUUCAAGGUUUAUGUGCAAUCCAUCAGUUCAUCAUCUUGGGGCAGCAAGGCGUAUUCUUCACUAUGUUCGAGGAACAAUUAAUUAUGGUAUUUGGUAUGAACCAAUCCCUAAUUUUAAGCUGAUUGGUUUUACUGAUAGUGAUUGGGCAAGUUUUAUAGAUGAUAGAAAGAGCACCAGGGGCUUUAUUUUCAACAUUGGAUCUGGAGUAGUCUCUCUGAGCUCUAAAAAACAAGGAAGUAUAGCUCUAUCAUUAUCACAGGCUGAAUAUAUUGUGGUGUCAUCAGCUACAUGUCAAGCUAUUUGGAUAAGGUGA